AUGGUAGCAAUACAGUUGUGGGCUCAUUUAACUGGAGUUCCUCUGGACUUGAGGCAUCAAAGAGGGUUGAGCUUCGUUGCAGGCCUCGUUGGCGAGCCUAAGGAAACUGACGAUUUCACAAAAAAUCUGGUGAGCCUUACUCUUUCGCAUGUAAAGGUAGAGGUUGACUUAACAAAGAAGCUCCCGGAUAUUGUCGAAUUUGAAAGAGACAGUGGAGAAGUGGUAGAGGUCCUAGUACAUUACCCGUGGCUUCCUCCUAAGUGCAGUCACUGUCACGAGCUGGGACACAUUGCAAAGAAUUGCUUGCUCCUCCCUGUACCUCCAAAACCAGUUACUAAUCAGCCUGAAAAAACCCAAACUAAAAAAGUCUAUCAAAAGAAAACUUCUCAGGCAGAUCCCUCAAAGUCCCCAGUCGACCCUGCGCUAUCUUCUCAACUGGAGGUUUCUACAAAGGAACCCCCCCCAUCUCAACUGGGGAAUUGUCCCAACCCUGAACCCAUCCCCCAAAAGCAUUCGUCCUCUUCUUCUGUUCCCUGUCCCCUCUCAAAAAAGCCUCCUCUACCCUUACUUCCCUCAUCCAUAAAACCACUACCAAAACCUUUCCCUCCUGUUAUCAUAGCUCUCCCGGCUACUAUAACCCCAUCCGGUGAACCCUUCCAGUAUAGCCCUCCUCCUAUCCCAAAGCUCUCUGGUCUAAAAAGAUCACGCUCUCACCCAAACCUCCUAAACCAUAGAGACCCGUCACCCCUUACAGCCCUUCCCUCUUUUGAAGCCAAAAACCCUUCUCUCCCUUCCACUCCACAAAAACUACCCUCUUUUGAACCUAAAAAUCCUCCAAUUCCUCCCCUUACCCUAAAAAAUGCCUUUGCUCCCCUAACUACCUCUGUUCUAUCCGUAGAUCCUCCUAAACUAGGAGAAUCUAAACCUUCCUCCUAA